UUGCAGGUAUUGAAGUGUCAAUAAGAACACAAUUUCGUGAUUCACCAUUCAGAUUUCUUGGCAGAAUUUCGAUAUUUUGGCUCAUCUUGACAUUGGAAUACUGACAACCUCUGGAUCAGCAAAGUCUUAGUGAUAAGUUGCAGAACCAUAGAUACUAUACAUUUUGUGGUGAUGCAGGAGUUUGUUGUGUUACAGUCAGAGAAAGUGAAAGUCCCAUUGUUUGGUCUUGGAACAUCACAUGCAGGUGGGUACAGCCAUGAUGCAGUUGUCCAUGCACUGCGGGAGUGCGAUUACCAUCUUAUAGAUACUGCACGUCGGUAUGGGAAUGAGGAGAAGUUGAGAGUUGCACUGCAGGAGAGUGGUGUGCCUAGAGAAGAAGUCUUCUUGACAACGAAAUUAUGGCCUACAGAUUAUGGCUUCCAGUCUACAAGGCGAGCUUGCAUUGCUGCCAUGAAUCGCCUUGGAGUGGAUUAUCUUGAUAUGUAUUUGAUGCACUGGCCAGAAUGUCUGAGCUCCGUUGAUGACCCAUCACGUGUGAGAGAAGACACCUGGAGGGCAUUAGAAUCCCUGCGAGACGACGGUCUCGUUCGCGUUGUUGGAGUCAGCAACUUCCUGGAGCAUCACCUGGAGGAGAUGUUGGAUUAUGCAUCCCAUCCACCAAGCAUCAAUCAGAUUGAAUUUCAUCCCUAUCAGAAUCCCAUCAAACUGAGGAAAUUUUGCAAGGAGCAUGGAAUUCAAAUAAUGGGUUUUUGUCCAUUGGCGAAGGGAAAGAUUUUGAAUGACCCAGUGCUACGCGAGAUUGCUUCUCGUGUUGGGAAGAGUCCUGCUCAAGUAAGCAUCCGCUGGUCUCUCCAGCAGGGAGUCAUCACCAUCCCAAAGAGUGUCAGGAAGGAGAGGAUUUUGGAAAACUCUCAGGUAUGGGACUGGGAGCUGAAUGAGAAGGACAUGGAUGCCCUCAAUGGUCUUGACCGAGACUAUCACGCCGUGAAUCGCAGUGUCAUCCAAGCCAAGAUUGACACUGCCCUCCCAGAUGGAUACAAACUCAACACAAAGCUCAACAUGGGCUAAAUUUCUUCUCUGCUUGCUUCCCAUCCUUGCCAUUUCCGUCCGAAUGGACUCUUCCUCUGCCUCAUCUCACAUCACUGCCUCAUGACAAAGUGGUUUGAUGGUGUAGAGAUCUCUCCAAGGUUUAGGAAAUUCCUUUUCCAGGGUAGAAAAUUUUCAAAGCCUAUCAACUGAUGCUAUAUCAUUUGUAGCUGAAGAUGUGAUUGAGUGCAGGCACUCUAGUGCUUUCCAUGAGAGGCCUCUGAAAAAAAAUUUCCUGAUCUGUAGAAACUCUCUGAUCUCUGCACAUGUGACCCUUCUGACUCAUUUCACCAUAACUCAUUACUCUGAAAUUCAUAUGUAUCAUUCUUACCUUAACAUGGUUGCAUUUGAAAAGCUCAUAGGUUCCAGCUGAUAUGAACCAUGUUGUCAUCUGCAUUUAUCUUACGACACAUGAUUCUGGGUAGCUUUUUGUGUAUUUAUUAGGUAUGUAUUUAAAAAGGUGGACUAACUUAAUAUAUUUUAUAGAUGUACCUUUAAAUCAUGAAAGGAAAGCAAUCAUGACAGAGAAUGUUUUUUUUGAGGAGUGACACUGACUCAUGGUCAAAGCCUUCCUUGCCAUUGCAGUAGCCCUCCUUUCUGGUGAGAUGGCUAUCUCCUUGAAAUGGUGCUACAGGUUGAAAGGUCCUUAUUGUGCUGGCACAAUUACAGGACUCCUACACCCUGCUCUUUUUCACAACUGCUCUUGCUGCAUUCUUUGCUGCAAUCAGACGUUACUCCCUUGCCUUCUUCCUAGUACAAGUGCUCUUAAAACACUAUAUCAUUGCCCGACGUGGGCUUGCCGGCAAUCCUGGUGGAUCCAUUCUGGUCUCGUGUGAUCUUGCCUCAGGACCGUUCCUUGCUCUGUCUUCCAACCGAGCAUGGUUGUCCUGAAUUAUCUUUAUUCUUAAUAUUCUUUGGUUUGAUGUAAUUUGUGCUUCCUUCUGUGACAUGCAACUUGUUGAUUUGACCUGACUAGUCAUUGAUACUCUUGUCUUCUCUUGCCUGGUGCUCUCUGU